ACCCCGCCCCGUCCCCCGACCGUAGCGCGGUGCAAGAACCGUCCGGCGCGCUCGAACAAACGCUGCGGCAAAGCGUGCGCAGAGGUUAUCCGCGCGUUCGGCGUCCGGUGACACGACAACCGUCAGCGAGACGAUUAUUAUUAUUACUAUUAUUAUUCCACGAACGCGAACCGUUGUGCCGAGUGCUGGACCGUCGGGUGAAACGCGUGCGGACGGACGGCGUCGGAAGAGAUGGUCGGCGGCGGUGUUCUUUGCUUACCCGCCUACGCGUGAUCCGCGCCUGCACGUCGGACGCGUUUGCUGCGCGGCGCGGCCACGAAUACUUGCGCGGCCGGAUCGCGGAAUCGUUCCGCGCUGAACGGAUAACCGCCCGGGCUCGUGCAGGUCAGGCGUGUUCGGUGCGAUAGGGGUGUGUGCACGGUUCGUCGCGGCCGAGACCGAGACAAAAAAAAAAAAAAAAGGAGAAAGAAAAAACUUCCAUUCCGCGCGGUAAAACGUUUCCCCGUGUUGUGUUUCUAUCCGAAUAAUUUCAAAUUUCCAACGUUAAACAAUGACCUUCUCUAAACGCCUACUUUCAAUAUAGAUGAACAUAAUUAUUUCCCUAUAAUUGUGUGAUGGGUUCGACGCAAAAAUGAACGAUCGGAAACACUCGAAGCGCCAUCUAGUAAGAGGGUUGUACAUGGCGAGUAAUUGUUGCAAAAUUCAAUCAAAUGAAUGAAAUAAUAAAACUUUUACCCAUGGUAAUGCGUGUUACGUGAAGUUGACGGAAUGAUUCGAGUUAGGCGGACGAGUCGCGACCGUGGCUUAUCAAUAAUUGUGUAAUCACAGUCGAAAUGUCUUAUCAAAUCGAUCCAGAAAGUAUAAACAAUAAUAAUAAAAUUAUUGAUUGUGGCCGAAUUAUUUUUCAUAGGAACACGAUGAACUCGCCCAGUCCAGAAGUGGAUGUCUUUAUUAGCAAUUACACAAUCGUUGAUCCAGACGUAUAUCAUUUGUGGGUGAACGGAUAUUCUGCCUCUGAAGCGGUGUCCAUUCUGAAACAGUAUGGCAUUCUGGAAGAGAUGGGCACAACACUUGACUUGGUUGCAUCGGACAUAUUAGAUCAUUACCGAACUUACAGUUUGCUUGAAAAAUUGAUUCACUAUCCUACGAAAUUAGAUCAACAACUGGCAUUUCAGAUUGAGCCGCAGACCAAACACAUUUUAGUAGAAAAAUAUUAUGAAAUUGAUGAUAUUGUUGUUAGAGAAUUCCUUGGGAAAAAAUUGUCGUCUAAACAUCGCAAAGAUUUAGAUGAAGUUAGUGAAAAAACAAGUAUUGCUAUAAAAUCUUGCCGACGUCAAUUUGACAAUGUUAAAAGAGUUUUCAAGGCUGUCGAAGAACUGCAAGGCUCUGUUAUUCAAAAUAUUUCUAGUAUAUUCUUACUAUCUGAAGAUUUAGCAAAAAAGUAUGGAGUGAUUGUUUUCAUAGCUUGUAUGCGUUUUGAAACAUCUAAAAGAAAGUUACAAACAUUAACAUUUCCUGACUUUUAUGAAUCAACUCUUUGUAUAAUGAACAAAUGGACUUAUCCUAAAAAUAGUCCAGAAUUUGGAGAUACAGACUUGGAUAGAGAGUUUCUACUGGAUUUAAGAGAAGUUAGAAUAUUAUUAGACAAAGAAAAAGACCAUAAACAUGUUGUUUGUCAAAAAUUAAAGCCAGAAUUUCUUGAAAAAACAUAUAAUAGUAUGGAAGUUAAUUUCCGUUCAUUAAGUCGUGCUAUUAUUGGAAUUGCUUAUAAUCUUCACCAUAACAGAGACUUAAGAGGAUUCUUCCUUGAAGUAGUAGAAAGGAUUAUUGAUCCAUGGAAAUUACUUGCUUGGAGUAAAACAGAUGUAAUGAAUUUUCUUAAAGUAUAUAUUAACAGUGCCAUUGAAUUAGAUAUAUUUCAGGAUGCAGAAGUCAAGAAAGCUUGGGAACGCUAUAUGGAUGUAAUAACUACCAGUGUUAAGCAACUUUAUUAAAUCUUUAUCAUACAAUGAAUGACUAUUUAAAAAAAAAAAAAAAAU